GUCUUAAAUGACCCAGCACCUUUUUUGGCACCGCUCCAGUUUGAGAUUACAUUCGAGGUUGUUUCCGAAGUCAAAGAAGAUCUGGAAUUCAAAGUUAUUUAUGUGGGCAGUGCACAGACACAAGAGUUUGAUCAAAUUCUAGAAUCCGUCAUGGUUGGACCUGUGCCUGUCGGUGUAAGCAAGUUUGUACUCGAGGCACCAGCGCCUAACCCUGACAAGAUCCCUAGAACUGAUGCAUUGGGUGUUACUGUCUUAUUUCUCAGCGUUCUUUAUAUGGGCCGAGAGUUUGUGCGAGUAGGUUACUAUGUCAAUAACUCUGUUAUGGACGAGUCAUUGGUAGAGCUAUACGAUCCAGAAAACCCUCCAACAACAAUUGAUUUCAAUGUCCUCAAACGUAGUAUUUUAGCAGAAAAACCAAAGGUUACACGAUUCCAGAUCAAAUGGUAA